CUUUUCUCGUUCUUCUUCUUCAGCAGCACACGUGCUUGCUGCCUGCGUUUUGUUAUUUUUCGCAAAUUAUUCGACGUAAUUUGCGAAAAUGCGCAUUGAAACGUGUUAUUUUUGCUCUAGCAAAAUAUACCCAGGCCACGGGGUGAAUUUUGUUCGAAAUGAUUGCAAGAUCUUUAAAUUCUGUCGGGGGAAGUGCCAUAAGGCCUUCAAGCGGAAGAAGAACCCCCGCAAGGUUGGAUGGACAAAGGCACAUCGCAAGGCUGCCGGAAAGGAGUUGGCUAUCGAGCCCAGUUUCGAGUUCGAGAAGCGCCGUAAUGUGCCAAUCAAAUACAGCCGUGAAACCUGGCAGAAGGCCUUGGAAGCCAUCAAGAAGGUGACCGAAAUUAAGGAGCGUCGCCAGAACCACUUCGUUAUGGAGCGCCUGCGUAAGGGUCGCGAGAUCGAGAUCCAGAUGGACGUUAAGGACGUACAGCGCAACAUGUCUCUUAUUCGUUCCCCGGCCGCUGGUCUCAAGGAGCGUCGCGCCAAGGAGGCGGCCGAGGAAGCCGCCCUCAUGGAGGAGGAUCUGCCCGAGGAAAAGAUCACCUAUGUGGAUGCUCGCGAGCUAGAAAAGAGGCUCGAGGAAGGCAUGGGAAUCGAAGAUCUGGAGAUGUUAGAAGCCUAAGUACCCGCAUACUGAAGUUAGUUUUAAGUCACCUGAUUAAAAUACAUGUAAUAAAAACCCCGUGGUAUAUAGA